GAUUUGAGACUACUCGGUGGUCUCCCUUGCCCCGGAUUCAUUCGCCCCGUUCACACUCCGGGAGAUGGCGUGGACCAAAUACCAGCUGUUCCUCGCGGGACUUAUGCUGAUAACCGGCUCCAUAAACACGCUGUCGGCGAAAUGGGCAGACACGUUCAGCGCCCAGGGUUGCCACGGUGACCCCGAACAUGCAUUCUCUCACCCGUUUGUCCAGGCCGUGGGGAUGUUUUUGGGAGAAUUCAGCUGUCUGGGCGUCUUCUACAUCCUGCUUUGCCACGACCGGCGUAGGCCCGAGCCCAGCGUGAACCCGGGCCGGAGUUUCAACCCUCUUCUCUUCUUCCCCCCCGCCAUGUGCGACAUGUUGGCCACCUCAACCAUGUAUGUCGCUCUCAACAUGACCAGCGCCUCCAGUUUCCAGAUGCUGCGCGGCGCCGUCAUCAUCUUCACGGGUCUACUUUCGGUGGCGUUUCUCGGGCGCCGGCUGUUGACCAGCCAGUGGAUCGGAAUCCUCGUCACCAUCCUGGGUCUGGUGAUUGUGGGCCUCGCCGACUUCGUCAGCGGGCACCGCGACGACGCCCACAAACUCAGUGACGUCAUCACCGGUGACCUUCUGAUCAUCAUGGCUCAGGUCAUCGUCGCGGUCCAGAUGGUCCUAGAAGAAAAGUUCGUCUACAAACAUGACGUCCAUCCCCUGCGGGCUGUUGGAACUGAAGGUUUCUUUGGCUUCUUCGUUCUGUCACUGCUGCUCAUCCCCAUGUAUUUCAUCCACGUGGGCGAGUUCAGCGACAACCCCCGUCAGGUCCUGGAGGACGCGCUGGACGCCUUCUGCCAAAUCGGAUUCCGCCCCCUCAUCUUGCUGGCGCUGCUCGGCAACACGGUCAGCAUCGCCUUCUUCAACUUCGCCGGCAUCAGCGUCACCAAGGAGAUCAGCGCGACGACCCGCAUGGUGCUGGACAGCCUGCGCACGCUGGUGAUCUGGGCGCUGAGCCUGGCGCUGGGGUGGGAGCAGUUCCACGGGCUGCAGGUGCUGGGCUUUUUGGUCCUGCUGCUGGGGACGGCGCUGUACAACGGACUCCACCGCCCGGCGCUGGCCCGGAUGCCGUGCUGCGCCGGGCUGGCGGCCGUGGAGGAGGAGAGCGACGCGGCGGAGAGGGAGGGACUCCUGGGAAACGGCAGCGUGCAGACGCCUCGCGAAAGCUAAAUACGUCGACGGUACACUUUGCACAAAACCCGACGUCCUCAACUCGAAACACUGUACUUUUUUAUACAUUUUUUUUAAGUGAUGGAUUUCUAGCAUCUGUCUUAUUUUGAUCUGUCUUUCAAAGAUAGAAACCAUUUUACAGAUAAUUAGGACGUUUUAUGAAUUGUACUUGAGAGUCACUGCCUGGCGGGUUUCCUAAUUUUAUUUUAAUUUUAUUUUGAAGUGAAUUCUAUUUGCGAGCGUAUUUUUUUUUUUUUUUUUUUUUUUUAGGAAUCUGUCUUGGCAGGGAGACGGUGCCAAAUUGUAAUAAUAAUGAAAAAAAAUGGAUUACCAGUUUAAGGCACUACAGCAUGUUGUACUUCAUCACCACGGCAACCAUCAGUUGUGGUAAAUAUGGAAUUUUUAUGAUUGAAAGCCGCAUCUGAGCCUGGUGACCCCUUAAAGCGUUUUUUUUUUUCAUUUCUUUUUUUAAGUUAACUUGUGUCACAUGCUGACCGAAGUUGUAUAAAUCCUGCAUCCGUUUCGUUUCAUUUUGCUAUAAAUUUAAAAAAAAAAAAAUUAAUUAAAAAGAAACUGUCAUUAAACUACACUAUUUGAAUCGCACCCUGGUAAAUAAUUUGUCAUGUUUCA